AUGAGCAAAAGUACCGACCAGCAAGCUUACACGUUCAUAUCAGUCAUAUGCAGCAAACAGAAAGAGCUUAACAGAGACCUCAUCGAAGAAGCGCAUCUCAAUAACGGCUGCCUCCCUGACUGGUUGCAGGGUACACUUGUUCGUAUUGGCCCAGGCAUGUUCUCAGUGGGAGAUACCAGUUACAAUCACUGGUUUGAUGGGAUGGCACUAAUGCACAGCUUUACAUUCAAAGAUGGGGAUGUAUUCUACAGAAGUAAAUAUCUCAAAGGAGAUACCUACAGAGCAAACAUGGAAGCCAAUAGAAUUGUAGUGUCAGAAAUGGGAACAAUGGCCUACCCCCAUCCAAGCAAAAAUAUACUGUCCAAAGUGAUCAGCUUUCUGUCCCACACCAUCCCAGACUUCACUGACAACUGUGGGAAUAAUAUAAUAAAAUAUGGAAUGGAUUAUUAUGCUACUUCAGAGACCAACUAUAUACGCAAAAUAGACCCUAACAUCUUGGAAACACAAGACAAGGUGGACUACCUAAAAUAUCUUGCUGUAAACCUUGUGACAUCACACCCACAUUAUGACAAAGAAGGAAACACCUACAAUAUGGGGACCUCAGUAGCAGAAAAGGGCAAGACAAAGUACAUACUAUUCAGAGUUCCCCCUGCUGCAGAGGAUAGUGCCAAAGCUACACCGGCCUUGAAGAACCUGGAGGUGCUGUGUACAGUGCCUUGCCGUUCCCUCAUGAACCCCAGCUACUAUCAUAGCUUUGGCAUGACAGACAACUACUUCAUCUUUGUUGAACAGCCCUUAAAGCUGGACAUCCUUAAAAUGGCCACAGCAUAUAUGAGACACGUCAACUGGGCCAGCUGCCUCAAGUUUUGCCCUGAGGAAUAUACCUUGAUUCACCUGAUACACAGACAGACUGGUAAGGAGGUGGCAAAGUUCUUCACAGAUGCUUUGGUUAUGUAUCACCAUGUCAACGCAUUUGAAAAGGAUGGUCACGUGGUGUUUGACGCCAUCACAUAUGCGGACAACAGUCUGUAUGAAAUGUUUUACCUAAAAAACCUGAAACUGGAAAUGGAGAGACCUGGGAUGUCAGGAAAAGUCUUUACUAAACCGCAAUACAAGCGAUUUGCCCUUCCUCUGCUGAAUGACAAGGAGGCCAAAUUUGGAGAUGAUUUGGUAAAGCUCACAUUUACUACAGCCCAUGUCAUAAAAGAGAAGGAGGACAGAUUGUUUUGCCAUCCAGAAAUAAUUUGUGAAGGUGUGGAACUUCCCAGAAUUAACUACGACUUCAAUGGAAAAAAGCACAGAUAUGUGUAUAUGACCUGUACUGACAUGUCAGCAAUAAGUACAAAGGUUGUGAAGUUUGAUGUUGAAGAAAAGAAGGCUUUGGAGUGGAUGGAGGAGAACUGCUGGCCUGGUGAAGCAGUCUUCACUGCUAGACCAAAUGCAGAGGAGGAGGAUGACGGUGUCGUUUUGAUUGUAGUCAUCAAGCUCAGUCCAAAGGUGUCAGCCUUCCUGCUUGUGUUGGAAGCCAAAACGUUUACAGAAAUGGCCCGGGCUUCACUGGAUGUGGAAAUGCACAUUGACAUGCACGGACACUUCAUACCUCAGCUAGGCAGCUAA